AUGAGGAAAUCGACGACUCCGAUUCUCCUCCUCCUCCUCUUCCUCCUCCCAGUCAUCCUCCACCACCGCCCCGCCGCCGCGCUCAUCGCCGACGAGCUCGACGCCGCGAUGACCUCCCUCCGAUCGCACGGCUACAACCUCCUCCCCAACGCCGUCGCCACCACGGAUCUCCGAUUCCGCCUCCUCUCCUCCAACUCCUCCCCCGCUUUCACGCUCUUCGCGCCCCCUGACCGCUUCCUCUACUCUCUCGACAUCUCCGCCGCCGCGCCCCGCUACGUCCGCUCCCUCCUCCGCCACAUCUCCCCCGCUCUGCUCCCGGCCAACUCCCUCCGCGGCCGGGGCGAUUCCUACAUCGACACUCUCCUCCCCGGGCACCGCCUCUUGAUAAUCGGCGGCUGCUGUUCCCCGCUCAUCCUCAGAAACGGCACCGUCGUGGACCAGUCGGUGUUGUCCGUGGACGGCGUCCGCGUCUCGGAUCCGGAUCUUUACGUCGGGUCGACCGUCGCCGCGCACGGACUCGCCGGGAUUCUCGGCGGAUCGGACGAAGAUGACCUGAAUUUCGAGGAGCUUGAUGACGGGGAAGGUUCUGGUUAUGGCGACGAUGGAUUCUUCUGGUAUCCGAGCUCUGCUUGGCCGUCGGCGGGAAACUACGGUGUGGAAAAUCGAUCGGCGGCGGCAGGGAUUGACGGUGUUGAACAUGGAAGAUUCUCGAAGCUCAUCCGACGAGACGCAGAGCAUCCUGAGCAGCAUCCAGAUUUCCCCAACCACUGCCACAUCUGUCAACCUUCCCCGUUGUCCUAUGCCAUUGACCCCCCAGUCGCCGCCACUACGGCUGCGAUCGAAGAGCUCCAAAAGACGACAAGCAAGCCUCAGGUCCGCCUGCCGAUUUGCUGGUCGGUGGUCGCGCCGCAAACAUCCCCACAUCGGCGCCAAUUUGCUGUUUGGAUGUUCUUGGUUAAGAGUCGAGAAGAAGUGAGGGAAUCUGAUGGGUCAGGUGGAAUAUCGGGGAAGGGGGUCAGAUGCGAAUUGCGAUAG